CCAUUAAGAGAGAAAACCCAGCGGGGGAAUAGGAGUCCUCGUUAUCCGCUGAGUUCCAGCCAAGAAAGCCCGUCUACACCCGGUGCGUUCCAGCACCAGAGGGGGAUGGCCGAGGCGAUCUCCGCUCAGAGGCUGGUAACGUUUGAGGAUGUCAGUGUCUAUUUCUCUCCGGAGGAGUGGGAGAUUUUGGAAGAAUGGCAGAGAGAGCUUUACCGGGACGUCAUGAGAGAGAACUAUGAGCUUCUGAUCUCAAUGGCAGGUCAUUCUGUUACGAAACAUCACCUCCCGCCGCAGAGUGAGCAAGAGGAGGAGCUGCCACGUCCCAGGGAAUGGCGCGACGCAGAGGAAAAGGGGACUCGGCAAAGCUGCCUCACAGAUGAUGAGAACUUUACUAUAAAAUCAGAACCACCUGACCCCUUACCAGAGAGAUCAGUAGAGAAUCUCUCCUUGACUCCAGACUGGAGAAACGCCUACGAGAUCCAGUGCAAACCGCAAAGGCAACAGAUGUACCAUGCAGGAGCCAGGCAUGAGAAGGUAACUAUAAAAUUAGAGCCAAGUGAGUCCUCAUCAGAAAAGUCUGAGGAAGAUCUUUCCACAUCUUCAGACAUCUACGGGAUCCAGUGCAAACCAGAAAGGCAGCAGAUGAGCCCCACCGGAGCAGAGAAUGAGAACCUUUCUGUGAAAUUAGACUCACCUGAACAGUCCAAAGACACUGUUCUUGAGCCUUCAGAUUGGGACAGCAUCUUCAGGAUCUCUUGCAAAUCAGGAAGGCAGCCGGUGAGCCCCACUGAAGCAACCCAUGAAACCUCCACUAUAAAACUGGAGGUACUGGACCAAUCAUCAGAAACUCGCCAACAGAAUGUGACCAUGAAUUCAGACUGGGGGAGUGUCUGCAGGAUCCCAUGCAAAUCACAAAGGCAGCUGAGGAGCACUCUAGAGGCUGAACAAUCCAGCUUUGGCAACAUGAAGAAUUUUGCACUUUUCCAAGAACACCUGAAGAGAGAAAUGCCUUACGUGUGCCUAGAAUACGAAGACAACUUUGCGGAUCAGGUUGGCCUGGAACCACACCAGGGAAAGCUCCCACUGGAGGCUCCAUUUAAGUGGACUGGUUGUGGCAGCGGCUUUGGGCCGAUGUCCCUUCUCAUGACUCAUGAGAAAACCCACAUGGGAGUGAGGCCGUACAUCUGCACGGAAUGCAAGAAGGGCUUCAAUCACAAACAAGACCUGAUACGGCACUACCGUAUCCACACGGGAGAGAGACCCUAUCAGUGCACCGAAUGCGGGAGAAGCUUCGUCCAGAAAACGCACCUUAUAACGCACUUCCGAAUCCACACGGGCGAGAGGCCGUUUCCAUGCACCGAGUGCGGGAAAGACUUCAGGAAGAAAACCCACCUGAUGCGGCACCAGAGGACUCACUUGGGAACUCGGCCGUUUCCCUGCUCUGUGUGCCAGAAGAACUUCAGCCACAAGCAAGAUCUUGCCAGGCACCAGCAGAUCCACACAGGGGAACGGCCAUUCACGUGCACCGAGUGUGGGAAAAACUUCGGUUGGAAGAAGAAUCUUAUCACCCACCAGCGUAUCCACACGGGGGAGCGGCCCUUUAGCUGCGCCAAGUGUGGGAAGAGCUUCAGCUGGAAGAAAUACCUCAUUACGCACCAGAAGACCCAUGAGGAGAAGAGACUGUACAACUGCCCUCACUGCGACAGGAGCUUCUGCCAGAAGUCCAUGCUCAACUUGCACCAGAAGACUCACCUCGAGAGGCGAUCCUACACCUGCACCGUAUGCCAGAGGAGCUUCGGCCACAAGCAGGACCUCAUAAGGCACCACCGGAUCCACACCGGAGAGAGACCCUUUGCCUGCAGCGAAUGCGGGAAGAGCUUCAGCCAGAAGACUCACCUUGUUACCCACUUCAGGAUCCACACAGGCGAGAGGCCAUUCCUGUGCAGCGAAUGCGGGAAAGGGUUCAGCAAGAAAACCCACCUGAUGAGGCACCAGCAAAUCCACACCGGGGAGCGGCCCUUCAGCUGCACCCAGUGCGAGAAAGGCUUCAGCUGCAAGAAGAACCUCCUCACCCACCAGCUGAUCCACUCGGGGGACGUGACCCUCUACGCCUGCACCGAAUGCGAGAAGAGCUUCAUCUGGAAGAAGAACCUCAUCACCCACCAGAAGAUCCACGCGGGGAAGAAGCCGUUUAUCUGCACCGAGUGCGGGAAGACCUUCAGCCAGAAAACCCACCUGAACACCCACCAACGCAUCCACACCGGAGAGCGGCCUUUCCCCUGUGCCCAGUGCGGCAAGGCCUUUAGCCAGAAGUCCAUCCUCAUCACCCACCAGAAGACCCACCUGGGCAGCAGGCCCUACGCCUGCACGGAAUGCGACAAGAGAUUCAGCCACAAGCAGGACCUGAAGCGACACCUGAGGAUCCACACAGGAGAGAGGCCUUACGUGUGCACCGCGUGCGGCAAGAGCUUCAACCAGAGGACGCACCUCAUCACGCACUACAGGAUCCACACCGGGGAGAGGCCCUUCCCCUGCGACCUCUGCGGGAAGCGCUUCAGCAAGAAAACACACCUCAUCAGGCACCAGAGAGUGCACGCCGCGGUAAAGCCGCACACGCGCAGGCUCAACAUAGGGGCCAUCUCCAUGGGGAGCCAGAUUUCGGUCUCGGUUGGAAGUCCUAUUUCACUCGGGGAUCCCCUGAAGGAGGAGACCAUAUACAUUUACCAGCUGUGAAAGAAGAGCAACGCUAGACGCCUGCCCCACAGAGCUGAGCGAGGAAGGUGCAAAGAAGCAGCUUUUUGUAAAAUAACCACUCAGAAUCCAGACAGUUCUGGAUGUGAGAGAAGCUUCAUUACUGCUCCACAGCAGGGCCACAUGCCUGGACCCAGUAGGCAGGAGCAGGUCCAGUCUAACCAUCCAGCUCCUGUUUCCGCCAACAAACACGCACAGAGCAGAAUUCAUGUCUAUUUAUCAGGCUGACAUCUGCAGAUAAACAUUAGAGCACCCCAGGGACCAGCCGAAGGUUCGUCUCCUCUCUAAGGUUAAUUAGUGGCCUCACACAAAGAACAUACUUUGGCUCAAAAUUGCAGCAAGUUGCCUUAGUUGCACAUGCAGAAGUUGAGUGCAUCUGUCUGUGCCCCCAAAAGUGCAUCAGCCUAUGCAAGAUGAGCAACUGCAUGCACAAAAGCAUGUUUGGAGUGCACAUAAACACCACAUGCUCCCAAUAUUUGCAAGCACAGUUAAUGAGUCCCCCGGGAAACACGUCCCUUUGUAUCCUGGAUGAAAGAACAUCCAUCACAACUGGAUUUUUAAAAGUCACAAGACAGUCCACACAGACAUUCACGGGAAUCUGCGGAGAGGAAUAGAAGCUUCACUACUAGGUCCUGCUCCAGUCUACUCUGCAGAUCUGAACCAGGAGAGCAAAGACAGACCUGUAAUGAAUGUGUGAAAAGCUGCUGUUGAUGUUUAAAUGUAAAUCUCAAAUGGGAUUAUCGCAGGAAUGAACAAACCACAAAGACUGCACUCAGUUGUACAGUAACCUAUGAACAUGUGAGAAAUGGGGGGACACAGUAUACAGCGUGUGGAAUGGUUUCAAAAGAAGAGGAGUAAAGGAAUAACCAUGAUACCCUGUUAUCUCCUUUGUCUGCCGCUCCCCCUGCACCCCAUAUCCGCAGGGUGGCAGAGGACAUUGAAGGCGAGUUGGCAGGAAGCCGUGGUGGUAAGGAGUUUUGAACAGAACCAUCAUUUCUCCUUCUUGAACUGCUCCUGGAAACAUUGGAGUGUAUUUCAAUGGCCAGGGGCUUUCCAUUCAGACAGGGGGAAUGUCUGUGCAGAUCUUUGCUC